CCAUCCCCAGUCCCUCGCGCUGGGACAUGAAAACAAACAUGGCUACCCAUGCAGGAAGUAGCUAAUACGGGAAGACCUGAGUUCGGGGGCUUUUCGCGAUCUUGGGGAUUCCGAUCUCCCUGCAAAUGGAUGCCCUACACAGGAUACAAAAUGUGCUACUCUUUGAAGAGAACUGCUGCUCCUGUAUCAGGGGUGUUCUAGUAAAAGAGAACAGUGAGACUAAAUGCCUAGUUGCACACAUUAAUCGGAUUGGAGAUAAUGCUUUGCUUGUAUAUCAAGAUCCAACUGAUGGGGAUAAGAAGUCCCCACUCAACCUCCUCUACGCUCUACCAAUCAGAGGAGCUUUUGCUCUCAAUAAAGUCAUAAAUGGUGCAUCAACUGCAAAUGGAAAUGGCAAUGAAGUACGGUUCCAAGUUAUCACAGAUGAAAAUAUUGCCUACCUUUUUGAGGUGAAGACCUCGGAUGAGACCAUGAGGUUUCUACUUGAGGUCAAGAAUGCAAUAACAGAAUACCGACAGAAAGCUCACAUGAUUGGGGUCCCUGACUUCAAUUGGCUGGACAGAUACCACCAGCAGAUUUCCAGGAAAAGUUUUGAUAUGCCAGACGACUGGGCAUUUAACCAUCUCAUGACUCAAGACGAUGGCGCAGCCAGCACCGCCACAGAUUCCACGUCAGUUCCUGGUGCAACAAGCGCGGCCAGUCAGUCAGAGGAUGGACUGGAUGUCUUUGGCAUGCCUGGCUUCACCCCAACUGACACAAUACUCCACCCUUCCCCCUCAGAGUCAGCGCUUACAGCCCUUGAUAAAGUGGAUCGCGGGUCUGCAGUAUCAUCCUCGCCCAUAUUUACUCGUAAGUCUGUGCUACCCAGCAACUUUGGUGCUAGAGAUGGCUUUAUUAAACUGCAUAUGGCAACGCGUGAGGCGGAUUAUAUCGAGGUUCUACCUUACAAGUUUUUCAUCGGCACGUGGAACGUGAAUGGAAAAAGCCCCGUCGAGGGACUGGGGCCAUGGCUGACGUGUGAUGAUGAAGCCCCGGAUGUUGUAGUUGUCGGUUUUCAGGAGCUCGAUUUGAGCACGGAAGCCUUGCUAAUGUCAAAUGUGACGUCAUCUUCCACGUCAUCCAAAGAGGAGGACUGGCAACGAGCGGUAGACAAAGCGCUGAGGCUGAAAGGCUCAUAUAUCAAGGUGCGUUCUAUCCGAUUGGUCGGGAUUUUUCUCCUUGUCUACACCAAGACCCUCCACAUGCCACACAUCAAAGACGUCGCCGCCGAGUACGUCGCCACAGGAAUCAUGGGAAUGAUGGGCAACAAGGGCGGUGUCGCCAUACGCAUGUCCUUCCACAACUCAACGCUGUGUUUCGUCAACUCGCAUCUUGCCGCUCACCAAGAGGAGUAUGAGAGACGUAACCAGGACUACAGAGACAUCUUGAGCAAGCUGAACUUUACACGCGUGUCUGAAGUGCUAACCAUCCUAGAUCAUGACGUCACGUUCUGGCUGGGAGAUCUUAACUACCGUGUUAACAUGGAGUGUGAGUUGAGCAAGGGUCUCAUAGACCAGGGUCGCCUGGAGGAAUUGUUAAAGUGUGAUCAGCUGAUCAAGCAGAAAGAAGUCAAGAAAUGCUUCUCAGGCUUCCACGAGCCACCAAUCACGUUCAGACCAACUUAUAAAUACGACCCUGGCACUGAUAACUGGGACUCAAGCGAGAAAGGUCGCGCCCCCGCUUGGUGCGACCGCGUCCUGUAUCGCGGUCAUGGCGUCAAACAGAUCGCAUAUCGUAGCCAUCCUUCCCUCAAGGUCAGCGACCACAAGCCUGUCAGCGGACUCUUCUCUGUAGGGGUGAAAGUCGUGAAUCGCGAGAAGGAAAAACAGGUAUACGAGGAGGUUGUGCGGUCUUUGGACCGACAGGAGAACGAGAGCUUGCCUCAAGUCAAGCUCGGCACGACAGAGAUUAAGUUCAAGAAUGUUCAGUUCUUGGAAAAAACGUCUAAGAUUUUAGAAAUCGAAAAUACUGGCCAGGUUGUCGUCCAGUUUUCGUUCAUUCCUAAGCUGGAUGAUAAUCACUUCUGCAAACCAUGGCUCAGCAUAAAACCCAACAUGGGCAUUAUCAUGCCAGAGAAUACGAAGCAGGUCAAAGUAUCGGCCUACGUGAACAAGGAGACUGCAGGCGCACUGAACAGCGGUGAAGACAAGAUGGAGGACAUACUAGUACUGCACCUCGAGGGAGGCAAAGACUUUUUUAUCACUGUCACGGGUAGCUAUUGCCCGAGUGUGUUCGGCUCGUCGCUGGAGGCUCUCGUUCACAUGUAUGGACCAAUAAGAGAAGUCCCUGUGGCCAACCUUAUCGAUCUGGAACACGGUCAAGAUAGCAGCGCCUCCGGUCCAGCCAGUCAGCGGCGUGCCAAGGAAGCUCUCGAGAUCCCCAAGGAACUGUGGCUGUUAGUGGACCACUUGUACAAGUACGGCGCGUCCGAGGAAAAUAUUCUAAAGCAGUCAGGAUUUGAGCAAGAAAUUCAGCAAAUCCGAACCCACCUGGAUACCGGGAGCACUGGGAAAAUGCCGGGCAGCAUCCACUCUGUCGCCGAGGCUCUUCUAAUUUUCCUAGAAGCCCUUCCCGUUCCCGUCAUCCCUUUCGGGUUCUACCAAAAGGCGCUGGAGUGCUGUAAUAACUACAUUUUGUGCAAGCAGCUGAUCUGCCAGCUACCCGAGUGCCACCGGAACGCGUUCACUUAUCUGACGGCGUUCCUGAGAGAGCUGCUUCUAUCAUCUACUGAAAACAAACUCGAUGCAAAAACGCUCGCGACGUUGUUUGGCACGCUACUUCUGAGGGCGCCUAAGGACGAGGAGAGCGCGGCCCUCAGCAAGAGGGCCAUCAGUCAGCUGACGCAGAAGAAGGCGCGAUUCGUCUACCACUUCCUAAUCAACGAAUUCGACGGUGGUAUGAACAGUGCGUGACGGAGGAUAGCGUUACGCUACAUUAUGGGGACUGUCACGUAACCUCUUAUCAACAUCUUUAUCAACGAAUUCGACGAUGGCAUUAAUAUUAUGUGACGAUAGAUUGCGUGGUCAUCGUUACAUCUUUUGAUCGCAAACAGUGUCGGUAGAUUGCGUUACCUUGCGUGUCGAAUGCUGUCACACAAAAGACUGCGUUACACAUCCUGGUCAACUAGUUCGAGGACUCUUUACAUGACUCAUUGCGACACGUUUCGCGUGUUACAGAUUCUAACCAGUGAUCAUUGGUGCGUUAUAGCCACUUGCGAGACACUUGUCACGACGCCAUCCAAAGAGGGUGAUGCGUGACACACAUACCUUGAAAUUCGUACAAGGCAGCCACGCAGAGCGUGACACGACAUCAAGGACUUGCGGGACGCUCAAUCCGACUUGUGUGACAUAUCAUAAAGCCUGGUUUCGAUAUAGUCGUAACAGUCGUAAGGGUCGUAACAGUUAUCUGCAAAAAAAAUCUCGCGACUCUUACGACUAUAUGGAAACACUCGAUGAGACCACCCUUACGACAGAUACGACCGAAACCGACGGGUCGUUUCACGGUCUUCAGAUAUAGAACCAAUUCUAUCCGUACAGUCGUAAGAGUCGCAAGUCGUAAGGUUCGCAGACGACUGUUACGACCUUUGCGAUUGUUACGACUAUAUAGAAACCAAGGCCUGAAUGAAAUUUAAUCCAGCAAUGGAAAAGCCUCCGUUCUAUUGCGAAAUAUUGGUGUUUCCAAAAUGAUCAAUGAAAAAAAAGAAAACAAUAGUGUCACGCAAGUCGCAUUUACAGUCCUUAAAGCGUUCAGUAAAAUGUGACCAAAUGGUCACAUGAUAGCCGCGACUGCAAACUUCCGUACAACUUAACUUGUUACGCACGCAUGUGUGACAGGGCGGGAUAUGCAAAAUAAUCAAUACAAUGUUAUGUAUACAUGCCACUUACAGAUUUUUUUUUACUCAAGAGACAGUGAUUUUAUCGUAUCAGAUUUAAUCAAUACAAUGUUAUGUAUACAUGCCACUUACAGAUUUUUUUUUACUCAAGAGACAGUGAUUUUAUCGUAUCAGAUUUUAAGAGUUAUUCGGGGGUUGUAUUUUUGCUAACAGUUCUAUUGAUAUUGUGGGAAUUGAGUAAUAAAAGUGUUAUUAUUUCUA